AUGAAUAAUCUUCAAUGCCUCAAUCACAACACCGCCAAUCCACUCGACAAUUACAUCAUAGAGCAGUCCAUUGGAAAGGGAACCUUUGGUAAAGUCUACAGAGGUCUCCAUAAGCCCACUCAAUAAUUUGUAGCCAUCAAGAUUCUAGAGAAGAGCAAAAUAGAACAGCCUGCAGACUUCACUAGAAUCCAAAGAGAGAUCCAUAUUCUUCGUAAACUUCGCCACCCCAAUGUUGUUUAACUCUAUGAAAUCCUUGAAUCUGAAACUAAAAUCUAUCUCAUCAUGGAGUUCGUCAGCGGAGGUGAACUAUUCCAACACAUCGUAAAAAGCAAACGACUCCCAGAGAAUGAAGCUGCAGCUCUCUUUUCAUAAAUCAUUGAAGCCAUAGAAUAUUUGCAUUCCCUUAAAGUAGCCCAUCGAGAUCUUAAACCUGAAAAUUUGCUCCUUGAAAAUAACACCUUAAAAGUCGUUGACUUCGGUCUAAGUAAUAUCUAUACCGAUCUACUUCAAACUCCUUGUGGUUCCCCCUGUUAUGCUGCUCCAGAAAUGGUUUCAGGCAUCUCAUAUUCAGGGAUCAAGACAGACAUCUGGGCAAGUGGCAUAAUCCUAUAUGCUAUGCUUUGUGGAUAUGUACCUUUUGAAGAUUCGAAUACCAGAAAACUUUAUGAGAAGAUCAAACAUUCUGAUUUCCAGAAACCCUCCCAUCUUAGUGUCCAAGUAGUAGACCUACUUCAGGGAUUAUUGAACAAGAACCCUUUAAAUAGAUUGAGCAUUGCUAAAAUUAAGAUGCAUCCCUUUGUAAGCAAACACUCCUACUCUAUUCAAAUUCAUCGCACUUUGGCAAUCAAUUCAAACAUAAUUAAAUAGUUACAAGCGGUAGGAAUUGAUAGUGAAAAAUGCAAAGAAAUGAUCAUCAAUAAUAAACACAAUCCAAUUACUACUACCUAUCACCUCUUAAAUAAAUAUCAGUAGCCAACUUAGUCAACCUAGAGAGUCCGAACUCAUCAGAGCAUUAAAUCAGUUGUUGAUAAACCAAGUAGUUCAAUAGAACGAAAACCUAUUCCAAGUGUUUAUCAUAACAAAACUAAAUCUUAUGAAAAUAAUUAUACUACUGCUAUGAUUAUGAAAAGAGCGUAUGAUAAUCGGAUUUCAGCAAGACCCAAGUCUACUGAAAGAAGGGUGUGCACUGAAAAUGAUAGGUGGGAACGCAUUAAAACUUAAUAUGAAACAAAAGAAAAUUCUUAAAGAAAAACUCACAUGUCGAAACCAAGUAAAUAACCUGUUAUGUAUGCAGAAUAUAAAUUGAAAACAGAAAGAAUUAUGUGA